AUGGACGGCUAUAAACCAGUGGCUACUCCCAUGGUUGCAAAUGAAAAAUUCAGCAAAGACGACGACACCCCAAAUGCAGACACAUCCAUAUACCGAAGUCUGAUUGGAAGCCUGCUAUAUUUAACGACCACAAGACCAGAUAUCAUGUACGCAACAAGUCUACUCUCAAGACUCAAGACUGGUGGCUACACAGACAGUGACUGGGCUGGAUCAGCUGAUGACAUGAAAAGCACCUCUGGCUACACAUUUUCUCUUGGCUCACGCAUAUUCUCGUGGUCAUCUAAAAAGCAAGACUGUGUGGCGCAAUCAUCAGCAGAGGCCGAAUACGUCGCAGCAGCACUAAUGACAAGUCAAGCUAUUUGGCUUAGGCGUAUUCUUGGAUACAUGGGAGAACACCAAAAAAGUCCAACAGAGAUAUUGUGCGACAACAAAUAA